AUGUUCCAUAAAGACGAUUCAAAAGCUAUUCUUACUUUCAAACAGCAUUCUGUGCUUCCCGACACUGUACUCUGUCCGAACUGUGGAGCAGUUUGCAACUUUGCGCCAUCUAGCAAUAUUUUCUUUUGUCGAAGAAUAUGUAGAGACUCCAAAUCAAGAAAAAUAAAAUGCUCUUUCUCUGUAUCAAUUAAUAAAAAUACCUGGCUCGAUCGUUCGCACAUAACACCUUCACAAAACAUUCUUUUCUGUUCCCUUUUUCUUCAAAAUUUUAUCACUCAGCGCCAAAUCGUCAAAUGGUUGAAGAUCGGGCACGAGGCAGCUGUAAAUUGGAAGCAUUACUGCUAUGAAGUCUGUGAAUUUUGGUUGGCAGAACAGGAGCAAAUAGGAAUUGGCGGUCACGGAAAAGUGGUUGAAAUUGGUGAAAAUAUAUUCGGUAGUAGUAAGAUUAAACAAAACCGCGAAGGGCAAGAAUUCGAAGGCCAGUGGGUAUUUGGUUGCUUCGAAAGGGACUCAAAGAAACUUUUUCUUUUCCCUGUUGAAAACCGCGAUGCCGGAACGUUAAUUCCAAUCGUUAAGAAACAUAUUUUACCUGAUACCAUAAUUCAUAGUAAUUGUUGGAAGGCAUACAGUACUUUAUCUAACGAAGGCUUUACUCACUACACCGUUAACCAGUCUGAAGAAAAGGAGUUUCUCAACAAAAGUGAUGUCCACACGCGAAAUAUAGAAGCUUGUUGGCGGGAUGUGAAGGCAUGGAUCCUUCGGUCUGGAAACAAAAGAGAAUUAAGCCACAAAUAUAUUUCCAAAUAUCUGUUUUGUAAGGCUUUUCACGAAGAAGAAAGACUUCAUUAUUUUCUUGAAACGGCCGCUAAGUUGUAUAGGCAUCCACAUACUGUUUAG